AUGGACUCAUCGAGUCCCCCUUCGUCAGCCACGACGAGUCAUACUCAACAUAUUGCGGAGAACGGAAAGAAGGCCGACGCCAACCGUUUGCCGCUCAGCAGCACAUCUGAUUCCCUGAAUGAGUUGGCAAAACAGAACGUUGCGCCCUUUCUGGCCAAAUAUCACCCACGGCAGUAUGCUCCACGACGAGCGGAGGACGGCACGACGACGGUGCCUCGUAUAACCAAUGCCGGUUAUUGUUACCGGCAUCAGCCCGACUCCAAGUGCUCUCGGCAGGCGGAUGAACAAUCAAUGCAGCAACUUCAAAGAGAAUUAGAGACCCUCCCGCAAAGCGAUCAGCAAGGAAUCGCUCACGUAUGGUCGCUUUUCUCCGCCGCCCCCGCCAAACAACGAAAAUUAAUGCUGCAAGGCAUCUUGGCACAGUGCUGCUUCCCACAACUGUCCUUCAUCUCCGCCAGCGUACGCGAACUUAUCCGCAUCGACUUUCUCACUGCGCUACCUCCCGAGCUCUCCUUCAAAAUCCUUCGCUACCUGGAUACCGCCUCCCUCUGCCGUGCCGCACAAGUCUCCCAUCGAUGGAAAGCUCUCGCAGACGACGAUGUGGUCUGGCAUCGGAUGUGUGAACAGCACAUCCGCCGAAAAUGCAACAAGUGUGGAUGGGGAUUACCCUUGCUGGACCGAAAACGACUGCGCGAAGCGAAACGUGAAAUCGAGUUACGGGCAACCAACUGGGGCAGUCAACCAGUAAAUACUAUCGUGGAUGGUGCGCCCAAUGGGACGUGCUCCGUCGUCGAGCUUCCUCUUGGCGGAAAACGCAAGAUAGAAGUUGAAGAUGACCAAAGCUGUGCCAUGAUUAAGCGUCAUUGCGUGUCCCCGGCAUACCAACCAGAGCCGGAUGACGACUACUUCAAGACACGUUACCGACCUUGGAAAGAUGUCUACCGCGAUCGGUUCGUGGUCGGACUGAACUGGAAACAUCGUCGUUGCUCCGUCAAAAUCUUCAGGGGCCACACUGACAGUGUCAUGUGUCUGCAAUUCGAAGACAAUAUCUUGAUGACUGGCUCAUAUGACGCGACAGUCAAGAUCUGGGACAUGGAAACGGGAGAGGAGCUCCGGACACUUCGAGGUCAUACGGCUGGUGUGCGUUGUCUGCAAUUCGAUGACACCAAGUUGAUUACCGGAAGUUUGGACCGCAGUAUCCGUGUUUGGAAUUGGCGGACGGGGGAGUGCAUCUCUCGCUAUAACGGGCACUCCGAGGCUGUCAUUGCCUUGCAUUUCGAUGCCACCCUUCUGGCUUCGGCUUCUGUCGAUCGAACGGUUAAGAUCUGGAAUUUCAAAGACAAGUCAACGUUUGUCUUGGCUCACCCGGAGGGCGUUAACGCAGUAAAGAUCGAUACCCCGUCGCGAACAGUCCUGACAGCUUGCGACGAUGGCGUGGCACGCCUGUGGGAUCUCGACACGAAGACCUGCACCCGCGUGUUCCAGAAUCACAUCGGUGCAGUGCAGCAGGUUAUUCCCCUGCCACGUGAGAUCGAGUUUGAGAGCCAUCUCGCAGAUUGCGAGAUCGAUCAUGUCAGCACGUCUUCUCAAAAUGGAGAGCCGGCCAGCAUGCUGUCUCCCACCCUUGAACACAGGUCUCUAGGCACCCACCCAUCCUCUUCCGGGGCUUCCUUCGAACAAGAAUCAGGUCGGUUGGAUCCUCCCCGCUACAUCAUGACCAGUGGAGUCGACGCAACCAUCCGUCUUUGGGAGACCAAUACCGGGCGCUGUCUACGUACUUUCUUCGGACACCUAGAAGGUAUUUGGGCCUUGUCUGCCGACACGCUUCGUAUCGCCUCUGGCGGAAUGGAUCGUAUGGUCAAAAUUUGGGAUCCACGCAUCCCAACCUGUCAAGACACGUACGAAGGCCAUUCUGCCGCUGUCAACUGCAUCGGGUUGAGUGACAGUCGAUUCAUUACUGGCGGUGAUGACUAUCAGGUUCGCAUGUACGACUUCCGCGCCUAG